UCCUAUUGGGUCGUCGCGGGAGCUUCAAGAUGGCGUCCGCAGCCACCCGCGGCGCCGGCGUCCCCGGCUCCGGGUUUGGGGCAUCCGAGAGCGGCCGGAGCGGCACCACCAGCUUCCAGAGGAAGGGCAAGGCCUCUGGGGCCUCCGGAGGCGGCCCUCGGCUGCUGUCCAUCGCGGGCACGCGACCUUCGGUGCGGAAUGGACAACUGCUGGUGUCAACCGGGCUCCCUGCCCUGGACCAGCUUUUAGGUGGAGGCUUAGCUGUUGGAACACUUCUUCUGAUUGAAGAGGAUAAAUAUAAUAUUUAUUCACCUUUGCUCUUCAAGUAUUUCCUGGCAGAAGGAAUCGUCAGCGGGCAUACUCUACUGGUUGCAUCUGCCAAAGAAAAUCCUGCUGACAUUUUACAGGAACUCCCUGCACCACUACUUGAUGAUAAUGGUAAAAAGGAGUUGGAGGAUUUACAUAAUCCUAAAACACCAGAGCCUGAUAUUAACAUGAAAAUAGCCUGGCGAUAUCAGUUACUACCCAAGAUGGAGGUCGGACCAGUGUCAUCUUCACGAUUUGGUCACUAUUAUGAUGUAUCAAAAAGGAUUCCUCAGGAGCUACUAGAAGGUUCCAAAUGGCAUGGAUUCUUUCUUCCAGAACACAUGUCUUCAGAUCUUAAAGAAGAAUCUUGUUCUUUGUCUUGGGGCUACAAGAAGCUGCUUCAGUUCAUUCAGAACAUCAUUUAUACUGAAGGAUUUGAUGGAGCUAAUCCCCAGAAAAAACAGAAAAACAUUUUAAGAAUAGGAAUUCAGAACCUUGGUUCACCAUUAUGGGGAGAUAACAUUUGCUGUACAGAGAACUGUGACAAUAGUCAUGGGGUUACCAAGUUCCUCUACGUUCUCCGUGGCCUUCUAAGAUCCUCACUGUCAGCCUGUAUCAUCACAAUGCCAGCACAUCUUGUCCAGAAUAAAGCAAUUACUGCACGAGUGAGAAAUUUGUCAGAUACAGUAGUUGGUCUGGAAUCUUUUAUUGGUUCAGAGAAGGAAACCAACCCUUUAUAUAAGGAUUAUCAUGGUUUGAUCCAUAUACGGAAGAUUCCUCGGCUUAAUAACUUGACUUGUGAUGAAUCGGAUGUCAAAGACUUAGCUUUUAAGUUAAAAAGGAAGCUGUUCUCCAUUGAGCGACUGCAUUUGCCUCCAGACUUGUCAGACACAGUGGGCCGUUCAAGCAAACAGGAUCUGGCAGAAUCCACGACGCGGCUGGGCGCAGGCUGUGGCACAAUGGCCGGAGGCAAGAAGCACCUGGACUUCUAGGGUUCCUCCUUAGCCGCUGCCUGCGGAAUUAUCUGACACUGUAAUUAGGAUUCCUAAUAGCUUAUGUAAAUAUUUUUCUUAAUGAUCUGACCCUCCAAUCUCUGAAAAACACAGGAUUACAAAAUGGAACCACCAGUCUUCAGCUUAGGUUGUUUGAUUUUUUGUUUUUUUCCACUAACUUUUGUACAGAAACAGUACAGCAGAAAUACCAUCCUUUGACAUUUAGCUGCUGCUGUAUUUUUUAAAAUACAAAUUAAUUUUUAAAUAAACACCAAAAAAUGCCCAAAAUACAGUGUGCCUUAGAGUGGUC